UGGAUUCAUUCAUUAGAGACCGUCGCUUCCCUUCCUCUGAAUUGAGUUUCCGCGCCAUCGAACAAAUUCAAAUUCUCCUCCAAACUCUCUGUGCAUUUCGAUCUGGCCAAACAUGGCUUCCCAGCAAAACCCACUGGACGAAGAAGAAAACUCAAAGCGAAACUGGUCCCUCAAAGACUUCGAGAUCGGUAAACCUCUCGGGAGAGGCAAAUUCGGCAGAGUCUACGUCGCCAGAGAAAUCAAGAACAAAUAUGUGGUUGCAUUGAAGGUUAUUUUCAAGGAACAAAUUGAGAAGUACAAAAUUCACCAUCAACUGAGGAGGGAAAUGGAGAUUCAGAGCAAUCUUCACCACCCCAACAUUCUCCGUCUCUAUGGCUGGUUCCACGAUGCGGACCGCGUUUUCUUGAUUCUUGAGUAUGCUCACAAUGGUGAGCUUUAUAAGGAGUUGAGGAAAAAAGGGUAUCUCUCUGAGAAGCAAGCUGCCACGUAUAUUCUGAGCCUCACAAAGGCCUUGGCUUAUUGUCAUGAGAAGACUGUCAUUCAUAGGGAUAUCAAGCCUGAAAAUUUGUUACUUGACCAUCAGUUUUAUUCACAGGGUCGUCUUAAAAUUGCGGAUUUCGGUUGGUCUGUACAGUCUAGUAGCAAAAGACGUACCAUGUGUGGAACAUUGGAUUAUUUAGCACCAGAAAUGGUUGAAAACAAAGCUCAUGACUACGCAGUUGAUAAUUGGACUCUGGGUAUCCUUUGUUAUGAGUUCCUCUAUGGUGUUCCUCCAUUUGAGGCUGAGAGUCAAAUUGAUACCUUCAGAAGGAUAAGGAACGUGGACCUAAGCUUCCCUUCUACCCCUUCUAUUUCUUCUGAUGCCAAAAAUCUGAUUAGUCGGCUCUUGGUGAAAGACUCCUCGCGUAGGCUCUCUCUUGAAAAGAUAAUUGAACAUCCUUGGAUAAUCAAGAAUGCAAAUCCGAUGGGUAUCUGCCUUUAGUAUCAACUAUAGUUAGGUAUGUUUAGGGAUUAAGAUUGAAAUUCUGCAUCUGAUGUUGUCAAUAUAAGUGUUUGCAGUGUUGAAGUCUAUCAUCUGUUGUUGUAAACAUUAACCUUAAAAACUUGCUAUUUUGAAAUCAUAUUUCUUAUAUGGUUACAUUAGCCAGUUGUUCGUUCUGGUGUUCAUUUAUAACUCGUCAUUUUGUAAGGGUAUUUUUUUAUAUCUGGAUUGCAGAGAAAUCUGAAACUAAACAUGAAUCUUAAUGUUAAAUCAUAUGUGAAAGA